GGAGGUGAUUGAGGUUUAUUAGCUAGCAGACAGGUGGAAGCGAGCAUCGUGAUAUUAGAGCACAUUAUUAGUUUGCGAUCGUCCUCCGGUGCGACCGGUUUUACAGUGCCGACCUACUUCCGAUUCAAUUACGUAUGUUCAUCCUGUCCGGACAGAGUGACUUUACAUGUGAGAAAUUUUCCACGCACCUAGUUUCCUUCCUAACGCGCACCUUCGAAGUCAGAUGCGGAACCCCGAGUUUGGAGUUCAAAUAACAGCAAGUUACAUUCUUCUUGUUCAAACGCUUUACUUCUAUCAGUGUUCACUUGAAGAAUAUUGAAUGAUUUUGGAACCUUGGAACCAUCGAACCUUGGUAUUUUAAAACUUCAGGAUACCAAGUUCAAAAUUAAUCAUCCCUUGCUACAUGAAGUGAAAGAGCUCGGGUGCCAUGGCGAGCCGAAUAUGGAAGGUGUUAACUCGGAGACGGAUCGAUGAGAACCUCGAGAGCAAAAGCGAGCUAGCUCGGGUUUUAGGCUUGUUCGACCUCACAGCACUUGGCGUGGGUUCGACCCUCGGUCUCGGUGUUUAUGUCCUUGCUGGCAGCAUCGCCAAAGAGACGGCUGGACCAGCCGUUUGCAUCGCCUUUCUCAUUGCAGCUAUCGCUUCCGGAUUUGCCGGAAUGUGUUAUGCAGAAUUUGCUUCUAGGGUUCCCAAGGCAGGAUCUGCAUAUAUUUACAGUUACGUGACAGUGGGAGAAUUCAUUGCUUUUAUCAUAGGAUGGAAUUUAAUUUUAGAGUAUGUAAUAGGUACAGCAAGCGUCGCUCGAGGACUUAGCGGUUACUUGGAUGCGCUGACAGGAAAUGUGAUACGCGAGAAAUUGGAAGCCGCAAUGCCUAUAAACAUCUCGUUUUUAUCAAAAUACCCAGAUUUCUUUGCAUUCGGUGUAGUAAUACUUCUUGUAAUCUUACUAAGCGCAGGGGUGAAGGAAUCGUCAAUUUUAAAUAAUAUAUUCACUGUAAUAAAUCUGGUUAUCAUUGUAAUAAUUGUAGUGGCGGGGUCCUUUAAAGCUGAUCCAGCUAAUUGGAGGAUAUCAGUGGAGGAUAUACCCAAGGACAAACCCGAAAUACAUGCAGGAUCAGGAGGCUUUAUGCCCUUUGGUAUAAGCGGAAUAAUGAUCGGAGCGGCAAAAUGCUUCUACGGUUUCGUCGGUUUUGAUGCUGUGGCAACUACCGGUGAAGAAGCUAAAAAUCCUCAACGCAAUAUACCCAUAGCCAUCGUUGUUUCCUUAAUUAUAAUUUUAAUGGCUUAUUUUAGUAUCUCAACCGUGCUAACUAUGAUGUGGCCUUACUAUGACCAGAAUGUCGAUACGCCAUUUCCAUAUGUUUUCGAUAAAAUUGGAUGGACUACUAUUAAAUGGAUCGUUAAUAUUGGUGCGGCAUUCGCAUUAUGUACAAGCAUGCUUGGGGCGAUGUUUCCUCUACCAAGGGUACUUUACGCUAUGGGUAGCGAUGGGAUAAUUUUUAAGCAACUUGCAAUAAUACAUCCGAAAACAAUGACACCCAUUUUCGGCACAGUGGUCUCUGGCUUAUUUGCAGGAAUCAUGACACUUAUUUUUGAUCUUCACCAAUUAAUUGACAUGAUGUCUAUUGGAACAUUGUUGGCAUACGCAAUAGUGGCGAUAUCUGUUUUAAUAUUAAGAUAUCAACCGAAGGAGUGCGCAUCAAAUACUCGUUCCGUAUCAGCAAUGAAUGACUACAAGGUAACGUCAAUCAGCAUAUUAAAACAAAUUAUUAAUUUACAGAAUCAGAAAGAAGUAACUGAGAUGUCUAGUAAAGUUGCAAAAUGCAGUAUUGGAAUUUUAUGUAUUGUUAUAUUUAUUAUUGCGCUUUUUAUUAAUUCUGUAGAUACUACAGCAUUAGGCAGCAAUGUGAUAGAAUUAGUGAUAUUAAUCGUACUUGUAAACAUAUUAUUAUUAGUUAUGAUUAUUAUUGCAAGACAACCUACUCAAGACAUUGAUUUAGCAUUUAAGGUGCCAUUAGUACCACUUCUUCCAUGUUGCAGUAUUUUCAUAAACUUAUAUUUGAUGUUGCAGUUAGAUAGUUUUACUUGGAUCAGAUUCGCUGUUUGGAUGCUUAUAGGUUUUGCUAUUUAUUUCUUUUAUGGCAUAUCUCACAGCGAACAAGGAAAAAGAGAUAAAAGAGAAGCAGAAAUGUUAAAACGAAAGUACGCGGACCAAGUUAGAAUCGUAACCAGAUUCUAAUAAUUAUCUCGCAACAUGUGAUAUUUUUUUGUAUAUUUUAAUAAAAAUUGCUCAGAGAGAAUAA